UUAAAUAGUGAAAGCGUUUUUUUUUGUAUCCAAAUUCUUUGUGAUGUCGUAAAACAAUUUUAUAAAUUUUGUUGUGAUAUAAACGUUUACAAUUUUUAUAUUCUCUCUUAGAUGAGCAGUGAGCAAAAAAUAUAUAACAAUUAUCAUUGGAACAGUUUGACAGGAGUGCUGAACAUUGUGCCUUUUGUAUACGUGAGAUGUCCAAUGCAUCCUAAAAGGGUUAGGAUAAAGUCGUUAGAGCUCCAUGGCUGAGCGUCUCAGCCCGCGAAGCUCCGAGGUCAACGCCUUGGAACAACGAGGCUACCUAAUCGGCAAGAAGAUAGGACAAGGAUCGUAUGCUACUGUUCACUUAGCUGAGUACUGUGAUGCUUCGAGCCCGAAACGUAUGCACUUGGCGUGCAAGAUAUUCGACAAGGAAAAAGCGCCCAGAGAUUUCUUGGAAAAGUUUUUCCCCCGAGAACUGGAUAUAUUAACUAAAAUUGAAAAUCCCCAUAUAAUUCAAGUGCAUAGUAUCUUGCAAAGAGGGCCGAGGGUCUUCAUAUUCAUGAGAUAUGCGGACAAUGGCGAUUUACUAGAUUUUAUCAAACGCAAUGGCGUCGUCCCAGAAAAUCAAGCUAAACUCUGGUUCAGACAGAUGGCGAGUGGCCUUCAAUACCUUCACAGUAAGAACAUUGCACAUCGGGACCUGAAGUGUGAGAAUAUUUUAUUGUCCAGGCGUUUUAAUGUUAAGCUAGCCGAUUUCGGCUUCGCAAGAUUCUGCACGGACGGUGACAACAGGCGUGUCCUCAGCCAGACGUACUGCGGCUCCGCAGCGUAUGCGGCUCCCGAAGUGGUCAGCGGUACACCGUACAAUCCUAAGUUGGCCGAUGUUUGGUCUCUCGGAAUAAUUUUAUUUAUCAUGUUAAACGCUUCCAUGCCGUUCGACGAUUCCAACCUGCGUAAGUUGCUGAAAGACCAGAUGUCGCGUAACUGGGUGUUUCGCUCCAGAAUCAGAGACUCUGUAUCCGCUGCAGCGAAGUCGAUCGUGCGCCAUAUCUUGGAACCGGAUAUCACUCUACGUCUGACUUUGGACCGCGUCCUAUCGCACGAGUGGACUCGACCGCGCAAAGACAAGAGCGCUAGCCUAAUGGGGCGCCUCGUGCAGUCGGCCCCUUCGGCCCCACAUUCGGGCAAGCACGAGGAGGCGGGCACCUCAGCCGGCCUCCGCGUCUCGGGCGACCAUCGCGACACCGAGCGCGAGAGGCACGACGACAUCAACUCUCGCACCCACGCCUGACCACGUCAGAUGACGUGGCAUUAAAAUUAAAUAUUGAUACAAUCUUACAGAUUAGAGACAGUUUAGGCCGUACAUGAAUUUCAAAUUUGCUUUUUUACAUUACUUUUACUUUUUUAAAUAUUUUUACACUUGACGUCACAACGUUUUAGUCGUCAAUAGUGAAAAUAAAAUUUCUAAUAAAACGA